AUGUCUCUUAUUGAAGAUUGCGAGGAAGCGAGGCGUACUGCAAGAGCUGUAACUGUUGGAAAUGAGAAAGAUGGAGAAGAGGUGAUGUGCUUCAUUCAGGCGAUAGCACAGAUCUUGGUGACGACUCUUCAUUCGAACGACUCUAGAAUCCCCGUUGCAUACACCUCGCUACUUUCAUUCUGGCUUUAUGAAGACUUUGAAGCGGUUGAUGAUUUUUUGCGAGAUAUUGAUUCAGUGAAAGCCAUCAUGUCGGCCAUUAUGAGUAGCGGAUCUAAUGCAACCGAUUUGGCAGAUUGUUCAUGCUUCAUACUCAUCGGCAUAGCAUUCGAAUUCUCGAGGCAUUCUUCGCCUUUUCCUCGGUCAGAAUUUCAUAAUAUCAUUGUGAAGUCAUUGGGUGCCGAUAACUACGCUUUGAAGGUGAAGAAGAUGUUCCAUAAAUAUUUGGAAGGUACAACUAACGAUUUGUUCACCCAAGAAAUUACUAAAGAUGAGACUGGUCUUCCUAAAGUCUUCCUCAUACCUCAGUAUUUACAUCUUCUUCAAGAUAACGCAUACCGAAUAAGACUGGCAUUACUUCACGACCCUCAAAGGGACCCAAUCCUCAAGGUUACAUAUGAGAUGUUCGAAGAUCUAAGGGAAGAGUACGAAAGCUUAAAAGCUUCGAGUGAUGCACGUGCAACGGAGCUUGAGGACAAGUUAAAGGAUUCACGACAAUCUGUGAUUGACUUGAAAGCAACUUUAGCAGAUGUUGAACGAAAGCUGACAAGCGUAGAAAGCGAAGCUCAGAUGCUCCGCAAAUCUAACGAAGAGAUGAAGACAAAAAAUGAAGACCUUUACUCAAGAAUGAAAGUGGUGGAAGACUUACAAAGCAAACUGAGUAAUGAUUUGACGAAAUGCAAGGGCAAUCUAGAACAUACUAAUAAAGAGAAAGCCGUGCUUCUCAGAGAUUUCAAAGACCUAGAGACUCGCUUCAAGGAGGCUAGUGAUGGAAAACAACUUGCAGAGAAUGGUAUUAACAAGAUGAACAAGGAGCUUAGGAGUCUAACAGAGAGUCUCAAAACAACUGAAGCCCAACUCGAAGCUGUAACUAUAGCUUCGCAGCGUGCCUCCAAACAAUCGCAGAAUAAAAUAGAACUGCUCACUUAUGAAGUUAAGAGGCUCCAAAACACCAAGUUGGGGAAUGAAAAUAAAUUUGGCAAUGGCGAGGAUGAGCUACGCCGAGCGCAACAGAGCAUACACCACUUGCAGAUGAAGCUCAAUGACUGUAUAGCUGAGAAAGAUGGAAAAGCAUUUGAGGCUAAGACUUUGAUGGAAAAGCUUAAAUCAGCAGCACUUAUAGUCAACAACUUAAAAAAACUGUUGUCUGAUAAGGAAUCAGAAUUAGCUGAGAUGAAGACGCGAUGGGGCGUGGAUUCAUCCCAAAGGUCUGGAUACGAUGACGUCGUACCGGUGGCGGACAAUACCGAUUCGAAAGCGAAGGGUUCUUUCGAAGCUUUGACAAUACAAGGACGCUCUAUUGAUAGUUCACCAAGCUCCAGCGCCGCAAGUGAUGAUCUAAGAACGACUAUCAAAAAUUUGAGGCUACAAAAUGAAGAGCUACAGGUCUCCAUGACACUGGAGAAGGAUCGUUUCAGAGCUCUUCAAGGCGAUUUCGAUGAAUUAAUGCUCCUUUGGGAAAAUCUGAUGGCUAAGAAUUCAUUUUACAAAAAGCGACUCAUAGAGCUACAUGAAAACGUUUCCGGUGACGAAGAUGAAGAAAGUACAACGUAA